AUGUUCCCAGCCACUUACUGCCUAGCCUUCUCUAAUGCCUUCAUACCACUGAAAAGCCAGACCAUGAUUCACACAGCCAAGAAUGGACAGCAAGAGGGAAACAAUCCAUCAGCAGGCUGGGAGCAAAUGGAGGAAAUAUUUGUGGCCUCAUCAACAGGGAAAGGAAUGGACGUGAUCGACAUGGUGCAGCAUGAGGACUCACAGAGACUGAGGAAUUCAGCGGUGAAGGAUCUGCUGUUGGAUCUGGCUCUUUGCCUGAACACUGGCAGCAUUGUCUUUUUUUUAUGUGUGACAUAA